CUGUGUCCCUCGGACACAGCGAAUCACCGAUCACGGAAAGAGCCGAAGAUGUCCAAUCACAGCUGAUCACAUAGGAGAGCCAGUAAUCGGCUUUCCAUGGAGGGGACAUGUACACUGAUCAUCAGGGCACUGAUGGUCAGUGUGCCCUGAUGAUCAGUGUAGCCCCAGCAGUGCCACAUGUCAGUGUCCAUCAGUGCCUUAUGUCAGUGCUCAUUAGUGCCUCAUGCCAGUGCCCAGCAGUGCCACAUCAGUACCACAUAUCAGUGCCUACCAGUGCACAUCAAUGCCACAUAUUAGUGCCCAUCUGAGCUGCCUUUCAGUGUCACCCAUCAGUGCCACUCAGUGCCACCUAUCAAUGCCAAUCAGUGCCACCUAUCAGUGCUGCCAAUCAGUGCCACCUAUCAGUGCCAAUCAGUGCCACUUAUCAGUG